UUGUAUUACUGCAGCCCAGACGCGCCGGUGAAUCGAGUGACGGUGACGUCAGAUCUUGUGCUUCCUGAGUCGCCGAGUCCUAUUUCACCUCCAAAUCAAAUAGAAGAAGUAUACAGGGGGACGGUCAGUCCUUCAGUCCAUUCAAACAAAAUGGCGGAACACGAGAAUCCUUUUCGACCAGAAGAAGUGUUGUAUCAUGAAGUGGAUCCGAUCGUCGAGCAGUACAUGCACAAGCCGUUCCCACCAAGUAGACCGGUUAGCCCCCAAACUACACCCAUAAAGCAGCAGAAAGAUGGGCCCUUAUCCCCACCGCCGUACUUACAAAACGGUUUAUCGAAGGAGCAGUUGAUAGACAAUGAGAAGGCACAAACGUUACCACUCCUUUCCCCUGAUCAGCGACAUCCAAACGCAGUUCUUGUCGAUGAUCUUCCGCCGGCAAACAAGGUGGAAUUGGUACAUGUGAACAAGAAGAAGUGCGGUUGCUGUUCAUUGCAGUAA